AAUACUUUUUAAUUGUAUGAAAUGAUAGGUCACACCCUAUUUAUACAUCAGAAACAACCAAUUUUCGGGAUAUUGUGUCGAUGUUAUGAAUGAGAUCUCAAAGAUAGCCGGUUUUAACUACAGUCUGUACAAAGCACCCGACGGUAGACAUGGAGAGGUCUCACCCACCGGUGCUAUCAAUGGUAUCAUAUUUGAAGUUUACAAUAAGGCGGCGGACUUUGGUAUCGCGGACCUGACAGUCAGCGAAUCCCGCAAACGAUACGUCGACUUCAGUCUCCCGAUUAUGAACUUAAGUGUGUCGGCGCUCAUCCAUAAGACAAACGCCGAGUACAUCGAGUACUUCAAAGACCUGCCCCGACAGACACGCAUCCGAUAC